UUCCCUCAUUAUUGCAACUUUUUACUCCUCACUCACCCUCUCUUCCUUUUUCACCAAUCAGAACUCACUUUCCUUAUCUGCCCUCUUUUCCCCCUCUCUCCUCACCCGGGCUUCUCCACCUCUGCAACUACAACGACCUUCACCAAAUCUUCACAGAUCGAGUUUAAAAACUCCACCAUCGUACUCCUCUCGUCACCACGAACCCAACCAUACAACCAGAUCGUGAAACGGACGAGUUUUGACUCGUCAACUCGGAAGGUCCGACUCGGACAAGUUUAUUCCGACGUGAUCCCGGCCGAGUCACGACGUUUUGAAGGUUGUAGGAGCUUCCUUACAACUCCCCGAGGCUCCUAGGUCAAGUUUGAAGAAGAAACAACCUCGAAAACACACGGUUUCGAGGAGUGAAGUUUUGGUUGCCUGUAACCAGUUACUCGUCUGCCUACGUAUAUUGGCUUGUUCAUUCAGAACUCUUUAUGAAAUAGAAAUACUUUGAAACUAAAAGUCUAUAAGUUGUUUUCCUUGUGCGCGCGAUCGAUAUGGCUGAGGCAGUGGUUUCCUUUGUGGUUGAAAGGCUUGGAGACUUAAUCAUUCAAGAAGCGAAGUUCUUGAUUGGAGUCAGCGAUCAAGUUGAGGCUGCACGAACUGAGCUACAAUUAGUGCAGGGUUUUCUGAAAGAUGCAGAUGUAAGGCAACGAGAUGAUGAAACGGUACAUAUUCUGGUCGCGAAAAUUAGAAAUGCUGCUUAUGAUUUGGAGGAUGUCAUAGAAAUUUUUGUCCUCCAAGUGGCCUCGAAGAGGGAAGGAGGUAUUAUGAAGGUUCUGAAAAGGUUUGGUUGUGUGCUGAAGGAAGGAGUUGAUCUUCACAAAAUUGGCUCAGAAAUUGAGAAAAUUACCACCCAGGUUUCCAAUUUCAGGUCAAGCUUGCAAACUCAUAACAUCAUGGAAAUAAGGGACCCUAGAGGAGCCACUUCUUUGUAUGAGAGGCGGCAACAACUAAGAAGAAGCUAUUCUCAUAUUAUUGAUCGUGAUGUUGUCGGUUUGGAAGCUGACGUACGAGAAUUGGUUAUGCAGUUGGUGAAGAAAGAGCCCAGACACCAAGUUGUUUCUAUAUGGGGCAUGGGCGGUAUAGGAAAGACAACUCUUGCAAAACAGAUUUAUCGUCAUGAUGAAGUUAGACGCCAUUUUGGCAGCUUUGUGUGGGUAUGUAUCUCUCAACAAUGUCAAGUAAGAGAUGUUUGGGAACAACUUUUAAUUAGACUUCUUUCUGCUACCACCGUGCAAAGAGAAGAAAUUGCAAAAAUGACAGAUUAUGAAAUAGCCAAGAGAAUUUAUCUUCUACAGCAAGAAAGUAGAUGUUUGGUUGUCAUCGAUGAUAUUUGGAGCAUCGAGACAUGGGAGACUUUGAAAGCUGCAUUUCCACUAAAUCAGAGAACAGAAAGCAGAAUAUUACUCACAACUCGAGUCAAGGAAGUAGCUUUGCAUGCAGCAGAUAGAAAUGGUAUCCUCCACCAACCUCGGCCGUUGAACGAAGAUGAAAGUUGGGAACUAUUGGAGAAGAUAGCAAUCUUCGGAAGAGAAGAAAUAACCCCGGAAGUUUUCGGAAAGAUGAAAGAAAUAGGAAAGAAGAUGCUUCAACAUUGUGCCGGUUUGCCAUUAGCUGUCAUUGUGCUCGCAGGACUCCUUGCUAGAAAGGAUACAAUUGAAGAGUGGGAUACAGUGCUUAACAAUGUUUAUGCAUACAUAAGAAGAGGCAAAGGCCAUGAACAAGAAUGCAUGGGUACAUUGUGGGUGUUGUCAUUGAGUUAUGAUAACUUACCCUAUCACUUAAAAUCAUGCUUUUUGUAUUUAGGCAUUUUCCCAGAAGAUUUUGAGAUACCAGUGAAAAGAUUGACUCAACUGUGGGGCAGAAGGUUUUAUAUCUAUGCCACUACAACAAGGACAAGGUUUAGUAGAAACGAUGGAGAGAUAGCAUACAACUACUUAAAUGAACUGGUGGACAGGUGUGUGGUUCAAAUUGGGGAACGGGGUUCUGUUAGAAAGAUCAAGUCUUGUCGUCUUCAUGAUCUUAUGCGAGACUUGUGUUUGAUAAAGUCAGAAGAGGAGGGCUUUCUCCAAAAUGUCAGAUCAUUGCACAGAAGUGAGACUAUGUAUUCUCCUCCUUCUCUGAUGAUAGCCAAGGCAAUACCAACGGGUAAGGUUCGAAGACUUGCCAUCUGCUUGGAUGAAAAUGUUGAUAAAUUAGUUCCAUCAAGUUAUGAAAGAGAUGACCGUCUCAGGUCUCUUUUAUACUUUUGCCCAUUAGAUUGGUAUCCAAAAAAUGAAAAGCUAGUAUCAUCACUGUUUAAGGACUUCAAAUUGCUCAGAGUUUUGAAGAUUGAAGGUAUGACUGCAUUAGUAUACUUGCCAAAUGAAAUUGGGAAUAUGGUCCACUUGAGAUUCUUAAGUCUAAGAUAUAGUCAUAUAAAACGGUUGCCAUCUUCCCUGGGCAAUUUGAUACUUUUGCAAACUCUGGAUCUUCGCAUUCAUAAUGACCCGGAUAUGUUACCAAAUGUAUUUUGGAAGAUGGUGCAACUGAGGCAUUUGUAUUUACCCUUGUAUUACACCGCACGUGGUAAUACACUACACCUAUCUACUCUUCACAAUUUGCAGACUUUAAAUUAUGUUUCGAGUCGCUGUUGUGAGUUGAAUGAUCUUGCUGGGUUAACCAGUCUCAGAAAACUGGUCAUAGAAUUGGCAAGCCCCUUGAAAAAUUUGGAGGAAACCUUGAAAGGUAUAAGCAGCACACUCAAUGGCAUUCGAUCUCUAUUUGUGCACAACUUACUUGGAACUGACAGUGGCCCGGAGGUAACACAAAUAGUAUUGAGUUGUCGUCAUGUGUACAAGCUGCAAUUGAUUGGUCGAACAGUAGAGUUACCUGGAGACCUUCAGCACUUUCCAAACCUCACUAAGUUAUCUCUGCGCCGGUGUGAUCUCAACCACAACCAAAUGGCGGUACUAGCGAAGUUGCCAAAUUUGAAAAUCCUAUGCCUAAUGGAAGAAACUUUUGAGAGUUCAAUUUCAGACACACUGGUUUUCUCCAACGAAGGCUUUCGUCAUCUUGAAUGUCUUUCCCUUAGUUUUAUGUAUGAGUUAAAGGACUUGAAGGUGGAAAGAGGAGCCAUGCCGAGCCUCCGCCGAUUGUUCAUAAAAGGUUGCUACAGAUUGACCGAAGUUCCAAACGGGCUGAGGUAUCUUACUACGCUCAGGGAGUUAGGCUUCGUAGCGAUGUCCACGACAUUUCGUAACAGGCUUCAGGUAGGAGGAGAGGAUUUCGAUAAAGUCCAACACGUGCCUUCCGUUGUAUUUGCCGACAUGAGGGACAGUUCUGAGAUUGCGAAAAUCCUAUCAAGGCGUCGACACCUUUCUGCCCAAGGCUCGCGAGGAAAAAACUUGGCGAGGUCUAUAUACGGCUGAAAAAUAAGAAAAAAUAGACGCUUUAGUUCGGUACUCAAGCAAGGUUAAUUGGCGCCUACCGUUUCAGAUUUGGUGCUUCUGGAUGCCCAACAUGGUGGUGCCAAAAUUAUUUGAAUGGAAGCUGGAUGACUUUACGUGUGAUUAAUUGAGACUAUUUAAAUUUCAAAAUUGUGAUCAUCUUCUUUCUCCAUCUGCGAUCGUCAAGGACAAUUUGGCCGAACAAUGCUAAAUCUUGUCGUUGUGAUUGUUUGCAACUGCCUACUUUGUUAAUGUUUAUGCGAUCUUCGGUUACAAA